GCUCGUCUUCCGGUGCAGUAGCAGGUAGUUCGGUUGCACUCGCAUCAGGCCUGUGGCGGUGUGUGGCGGUGCCACCGGUGCAUCCGGAGCCCAGUGUGUUUCCCCGGCGGUGCGCAACAAUGCGGCGCUGGAGAUAAAACUUCACCAGCGAUGUCAGAACCCAAAGCUUUCGCGCGACUUUAACCCGAGAAGAUGUCAGAUGUCACCAAGACCGUUCAGAAAUGGCACGCGAGUUUUAAAAAGGGCACGGACUUUGAUUCGUGGGGGCAGCUGGUGGAAGCCAUCGAUGAAUAUCAAAUACUCGCAAGGCAACUUCAGAAAGAGGUGCAGUCAUCAAACUUGCAUGAUUUUACAGAGGAACAGAAGAAAACCCUGGGAAAGUUUGCAACAUGCCUUGAAAUGCGAAGUGCAGCCUUACAGUGCACACAAUCUCAAGAGGAGUUCAAGUUAGAAGACCUGAAAAAACUGGAACCCAUUAUUAAGAACAUUCUGACUUACAACAAAGAUUUCCCUUUUGAUGUCCAACCAGUGCCUUUGAGGAAGAUUCUCGCACCAGGUGAGGAGGAAAACCUUGAGGUUGAGGAGGAGCUGGACGCUGGUACUGGAGCAGGUUCAACACCGUCAUUCCCAUCAAGGGUGCCAGGUACUCUGUUGCCACGGUUACCCUCGGAGCCUGGAAUGACUUUGCUGACGCUGACGAUAGAGAAGAUCGGUCUGAAGGAUGCAGGACAGUGCAUUGACCCGUACAUCACAGUCAGUGUUAAAGAUCUGAACGGUAUCGACUUGAAUCCAGUUCAGGACACCCCAGUGGCCACGCGGAAGGAGGACACGUAUAUUCAUUUUAGUGUGGAAGUGGAAAUCCAGAAACACCUAGAAAAACUACCAAAAGGUGCAGCUAUUUUCUUUGAAUUCAAACACUACAAACCCAAGAAAAGAUUCACCAGCACUAAGUGUUUUGCUUUCAUGGAAAUGGAUGAAAUCAAACCAGGUCCCAUUGUUAUAGAACUGUACAAGAAACCAACUGACUUCAAGAGGAAAAAGCUCAACCUCCUGACGAAGAAACCACUUUACCUGCACCUUAACCAGACUUUGCACAAAGACUAAACAAAGAUCCUACAGGGAGGACGGCGGAGGCUCUUUCUCUCAGAUACUUUGGGUGCAUCACCUCUCACAUUCCUUGCAAUAUCGGACACUUUUCUUCAUAUCUCCAGUCUGAAGUCUGGGACACAGUCUGACGUCUCCACCGCUCUUCAUCUGAAAGAGAGACGAGUAUUUCAAAAACUGAAUGUUGUACAAAUGCUCUGUAUGAUGAUUUCUGAUGAAAACGGUUAUAACUUGUUUACGCAACACUUCCUAUUACGUUUUAAUAUUUUUAUUUGAUUAAAGAAACGGCUCACUCUCAUGUUCCAAACCUGUAUGCUGUUAUAAUUGGAAAGAAGAUUUUUCACAUCUAUUUUUCAUGACAGUUAAUAGUCUGUAAAGCUUCAAAAAAGACAUAAAACAUAAAAAUAGCCCAUUUGACUAGUGCGUUAUGUUUGGUUCGGUUAUGAUGUGCAAGAUUCAGUUGCUGUUUGGUUCUUAAAACAGAAUAAAUCUGAAUAUGUUGAGAUUUUUAAUUAAUAACUUUAUUUGUUUAUUGUGUAUGUGUGCAUUCUGUGGGGGAAAAAAACAGCAUAAAAGUUUGGAACUAUUUGAGGGUGAGUAAAUAAAGAUAAGUUACAUUUUGGGUGAACUGUUACUUAUAAAUGUUGUUUAACAGACAUUCUUGUUGAUUUUAUGAAGUGCUUAUUGCAUCUUGCUAAUGCUACAUACACACGGAGUACAUAAAAACCCUAAAGAAACAACACUGACAAACUCAGUAAUAUAAAUAUGUUGGUUUUUGUGAUAUCUUCAGGUUUUCUUAACUCGUUAAACGGUUUUCUGUUGGCUAACUGCUUAGCAGUUGGCUAAUAUUGAUUUAGCAUUACAGAGCAAUACUUGUUUGAAAUAUGGCCUUUGGCUCAUUAAUAUCAUGGAAAAUAUAUAACAAUAAUGGAUAUUUAAUUAGUUUGAGUAUGAAUCAGAAAAAAAAACAGUAAAUAUAUGGAACUUGACUGUAUGAAGGGAGAAACUGUCGAUCAAAUUAAGUAUUAGCAUGGCAACUUUGUAAUUAGCUUCACAGUUUUCUCUUUGAUUAAUAGUUCGGUUUUGGGGAAAUUGUCGUUAAAAUUUGUAAUUUACUUCCGGCUUAGUUUCUCAAACAGUUUUAACUAAAGGAUUUCUGUGGAAGAUUGACUUGGGGAAUAACCCACAUUUUCUAAUUUCUUUACAGUUUCUGACAGGAUCAACUAAAUGGCGAAAAAGUAUUGCAUUUCUGUGAAGACGCUGUUUGACGGACUAUGCCUAUCAUUGUGUGUGUAUUAUUACAUAGCUUUUUCAAAUGUCUCAUUUCUAAUAAAUGACAACGCUGCUUGAAUCAUGAA